GGCAUCCUUCUGUCUCGCGAGAAUCCAUUGAUGACAUCGGCGCCGCAAAGGUUUCCUCGAUUUUCAUUGGCUACAGCAUGGCUCCUUCCCCUCGCAGGAGCCAAUCCUGGACAGCGAAGGGGCGAACCCGGAAACGGUGCUCUCGGAGGCUCUUUCUGUGAAAGAUUGGAACGAAUCAAACAACAAUGCAGACAUAAUUCGUCUCUUGAAAGAUUGCACCCUAGUUCUUGAAAUGCUUCAUAGUUAGAAUAGUAGUAAAAAUGGAAAAAGAAAAAGUAAGGGAUAAUGAAAAUCCAGACCCAGAAAACUCUUUGGACUUUUCCGAACAGUUUAAUCAGCUUGAAUUAUUGGAAACCCACGGACACCUGAUUCCCACUGGUACUCAGAGUCUCUGGAUAGGCAGUUCUGAUGACGAUGAGGAACAAGAGGAAAAAAACGAAGAGUGGUAUCAAUUGCAAGAAAAAAAAAUGGAAAAAGAUCCAAGCAAGUUGCUUCUUUGGGCUGCUGAAAAAAAUCGGCUUGCUACAGUGCAGAGGCUGCUUUCUGAGAAGGCCGCUGAGGUGAACACUAGGGAUGAGGACGAGUAUACCCCGCUCCACCGAGCAGCCUACAGUGGACAUUUAGAUGUUGUUCGUGAGCUGGUGGCUCAGGGGGCAGACGUUCACGCAGUGACUGUGGACGGCUGGACACCACUGCACAGCGCCUGCAAGUGGAACAACACCAGGGUGGCCUCCUUCUUACUUCAGCACGAUGCAGACAUCAACGCCCAAACCAAAGGCCUCUUGACCCCUCUGCACCUUGCUGCUGGGAACAGAGACAGCAGAGACACCCUGGAGCUCCUCCUGAUGAGUCGCUACAUCAACCCAGGCCUGAAGAACAAAUCGCAAGAAACCGCUUCCGACAUUGCCAGGAGGACAAGUGUCUACCACUACCUCUUUGAAAUUGUGGAAGGCUGUACAAACUCUUCACCUUCGUCUUAAUGACUCUAGUAAUUUUCUUACACUUCAAAGUACCAGUGCCUCCCAUGUGUGAGAUGUAAAAUAUUCCCAUAUACAGAAAACAGAUGCCUCACUACAGAAAUUCUGUUGUCUGCAUCACAGUUUUCUUCCAAGUGACCUGCCCAACCUUGAUGUCAAAAUGUAUUUGAGAGGUAUUGGAUGCAUUGUGGUGAUUCCUGCAGUUUGUGAUUUUUAUCAGAAAUAAUUUUAACUGGACACGGGUAAUACAGAAACUAAGGAUAUUUUUUGGUGCUGAUCCAAGAGAAAAGUAUUUUUAAAUAUCCCAUACCCUGGGUCUUUGUUCAGUGUUUAGCAUAUUGACUUGUAUUUUUAUAAGCUAACUCCAAAUUUUCAUCUUCAGCACACUGGUGCAGUUCAGCUCUCUUCUCUGCAUCUCCAGUUGCUUUCAUUCUAAACAAGAAACACUAACAAAUUAGCAACUUACGUCUUUGUAAGUUUAAAAAAAUCAUGGAACAUUCAGAUGUUUUGUGUUUUAUGAUGUAGACCACUGUGAGGAAAGCAGUUAGGGAGAUGUUUAAUCCUUGAACGUUUUACACUGCCUCCCCCACCACGCUCAUGAUCCUGUGGGCAGUCCUACCUCACCCUGGUCAACCCUGUGAUCCUUAUUGCUAUGGCCAGUCAGUGUCUCCACUCAGACAUGCACAAAACUGUACCUUGGUCCAGAAGAUUAAAACUGCCCUCUCAAGGGCUCACCGUCUCCCCAUGCUGGACUGGGCACUACUUAUCUAGACUCCUGAGUCUCAGGAAAUGUCAGCCCCCGCCCCCAUGGCCCUCGUUUUGUACAAGCCAUGACAGAAGGAAAGGGACAAGGAAUUCUAACAGUGAGGAAUGAUUGUCAUAUGGGACCAGGGCACCAAGUGGCUCAGGCUUCUUACAAAACAAAACAUGUAGUAUGGCUAGUGACAGAGAGUGUAAAUACAAAUAGAGUAUACGUUUUGGCAGUGCAAAAAACAACUUGCAUAUAACUUCACUUAAUCUAUGGCACAUUUGUUCAAACUCCAUUAACUUUUAUCCUCUUGGUGCCUGCUACAUGGCUUUUGAUGGACUCCCUAGCCCCUCUGUGUUUCCUGGGGGUCUUCUCAGCACAAGAAUCUGAGUCCUAGGGAAAGGACCUGAGAGCUUAUCCUGUCAACUUAGCAUCACCAAGGAGAUACACCUCUAGCAUGUCGAAGGCAGUUUCUAGAAGUCUAACUGAAGAGAGGGUCCAUAUCCAGAUAUGGGUGGUACCAUCACAUGGGCCCAAGUCCCAGAUUAAAUAAAAAGGAGAAAUCAAGCUAAGA